CUCAACUUUUUCCUUGUUUGUGUAAUCUACAGGCUGUCCAGAGAUACCUGUGGAUUAGAAAGAAGAAUGGCAAAUGAGAGCAUUGUUGCCCACCUUCCUCUGGCCACCUUUAAACAAAAAGAGAAAGACAUGGAUGGUGGCCAGAGAGUCUUCACUGUCUCCCCAAUCCAAGUGGACUUCCAUCGACUCCUCCGCAUGACAACACCACCCCUGCUCAUCCCAGAGGUGCAGAAUACUGAUGUCCUGUGCACAGUGGUAGCCCUGUAUGAUGUGUGCCUGCCUGAAAUUGGACCUGAGGAUGUCCACUCCACUGUCUACUCGCCUGGUGCCAGCACCAUUCUGCUUGUCAGGGACAAAAAAGAGGUCUUAGAGGAGUAUAGACAGAGAACACUGUCUCACCGUGAGAAUGAAACUAUCCCUCAGCCGCCUGCAGAUACCCGGAAUGAGGAGCACCAGGGGAGAUUCUCACUGGCAUUCAGCGACACAGAGGGUAGUCUGGGAGAGGGGGCGGAGUCAGGGGAGGAUUCUGACAGGGAAGACUGGGAGAGGUUUAAUGGUGGAGUGAAUGAAUUCCUGCUGAAGGCGAUUGAUCGGCGUGUACAGAGGAGGAAGGCACAGGAAAGCAGAGAGAUCCUGCCUUCUGCCGUAGGGAUAGAGUCGCGGAUAGUGGCAGCUGCAACAUAUGAACUAAAACGACUGAAGUCAGGUGAGAAGGUGCUGCAGCUGGCUUUGUUGUCUGCUAGAAAACGCUUCCGGGGGUGUGGAAUGGGCAGGUAUUUGCUGGAGCUCCUGAAGGACCACUCAGUAUGUGGUUCUUACGAUGCCCUGCUUGUCCAUGCUGACAGAGAUGCAGUCGAAUUCUUUGCUCGCUGUGGAUUUUCCGAUGACAUCAUCCUCAACAGUAAGUUCAGUCAGUUUGAGGAUGACUGGACUAACACACAAAUGAUGUGCUACCUUCCAGCCUUUUCCAGUGGAAAGGAUGGCCCCUCCUCUGGACUCUCGCUUAACCUAUCUGAGUUAGAGCUGGAGAUGGAGCUUUGGAGAGUAAAAUCUCUGGCAGCGUACCAGGCCCAGGCUGUGUGUAUGACCAGGCUGGUCCAAGAAGUUGCCACACUUAGAAAACAGCUGGUCUCACAGAGGGAUCAGAUAGACACACUGAGCACAGAGCUGGAGAGAGAGAGGGAAGACAGACACCAGCUGGAAAGAAAGUUUCUGGACUACAGACUGGAAAAGACCAGACAGAUUCUACAGAUGAGCAACAUUAGCUUAGCACCUCUCUCCAUCAGCAGUGAUGAAGAUUCUGUGGAGUCGAGUCUGACAAAGGCAGGAGAGCAGAGGGAAGGGAUUGAGGCUAUAGAAACCCAAGGAACUUGCACAGGAGAGAUGUGCUUGGUACCAUGCUUAUCAACACCUCUGGAUCCUGGUAGCAAUGUAUAAUUAUUUGGUUUAAA